GUUCCAGAGGUAGAGGGCCGCGUCCUCCAGGAAGACAGCGGCGGGCAGCCGGCGACUGAAGAGCAUUGGAGAUAUCUGCUUGUGAAGCAAAGGUGUCUACCAAACUAUGAAUGAUACAAGAACUUUACACGAAAUUAAAGAGUACCCCGAUAAUGAGGUACAGAAAAACCGAGUACUGACUCUGGAAGACUGGCAAGGAAAGUGGGUGAGCCGCAACAUUGCAUUUCAUCAAGAACAAGGACAUCAGCUAUUAAAGAAGCAUUUGGAUACUUUUCUUAAUGGCAAGAGUGGACUCAGGAUAUUUUUUCCUCUUUGUGGAAAAGCAGUUGAGAUGAGAUGGUUUGCAGACCUAGGACACACUGUAGUUGGUGUGGAGAUCAGUGAACUUGGGAUUCGAGAAUUUUUUACAGAGCAGAAUCUUUCUUAUUCAGAAGAACCAAUUGCUGAAAUUCCUGGAGCCAAAGUAUUUAAGAGUUCUUCAGGGAACAUUUCAUUGUACUGUUGCAGUAUUUUUGAUAUUUCCAGAGUAAAUAUUGGCAAAUUUGACAGGAUUUGGGAUAGAGGAGCCUUAGUCGCUGUUAAUCCAGGUGAUCGAGAACGCUAUGUUGAUAUAAUGUUGUCCCUAACAAGAAAAGGGUUCCACUACUUCGCAUGUAUUGUUUCUUAUGAUCCAACUAAACAUGCAGGCCCACCAUUUUAUGUUCUAGACACUGAAAUUAACAGAUUGUUUGGCACAAAAUGCAAUAUUAAUUGCCUAGAGAAAGUUGAUGCUUUUGAAGAACGACAUAAAAGUUGGGGAAUUGACUACAUAUUUGAAAAACUGUAUCUAUUUACUGACAAAAUCUAGCAUAUCAACAUGUUUUUGGGCAAUUGCAAAAUUAUGCUGAGGCAUGAAAAUAUAAUGAAUGACUCAAAAAAUCAUUCACCAAUUACAUCACAGAUCUUUGUUCAAAAAUACAUAUAACUUUUUAGAAAAAAGCACAUUCUAAAAUGUUAAAGUGACUACCUUUGGAGAGGAGAGGGUAAUUAGGGGUUAAAGCAGACUGUUUUACUUACAGAUUGUAAAAAUUUUUACCAUCAGCAUGUAUUACUUGUAUAAUUAAUAUUUAAAAGAGAAAUGCAAUGCAUAACAAAGAAAUAUAAGAGAUGUAGAAAAAUUGACAUUGACUGUAAUACUUUAAUAAGGUACAAGGUAAAAAGAAAGUAAUCUAAGAAGUUAUAUAAAAUAAUUUUUACUAUAAACACCCCUUAUGCACCCCUUUUCACAUUUUGUCUGCUUAAAUAAUUUUAUAUAUAAGAGAAACAAAUUUAAAACUUUAGUUAAAUGAACUAACAUAUGGAACCAAGUGUUUUUCCUAAAUUGUAAAAAUUUUACAAAUUUUAAAAUUAAGUUUUUUCCUGAGUUUGGAAGUUUUUCGUUUCCUCUAGGUUGAUCUUGUUUAAGUGAUAGACUUACAUGACAUACAGUGAAUCCAGAUUCAUGAUUUUUCACUAUGAAAGUUUAGAUUAGAAUCUGUUUCAUUAACUCUCAUUUUAUUUAAUCAAACAUUCCCCUUUACCUGCACUACGUAAUAUCUAAAAGGUUUAGAUUGUUUAGCUCAUUUUAACAAAAUGAUGUAUUUUAUUAAAAGUAAGUUAUUUGUG